AUGAGGAAUCCAGUUCUUGAUAUUCGAUCAAGUAUACAAUUGCUUCGAAUGGCGUUCCGUAUUAAUGUUCAAUUUUAUCUUGCAAUUGUAAAUAAUCAAAUGUCAGAUGGUGUUAAUCAAAUCGAUCAAAGACGUGAACCUUCAUCUAAUUACUUCUUUGCACCAAAAGAUGGAUUAGAAAAAGUGAUUGCCACAAUUCUUGCUAUGUAUACAGAAUUAUCAAAUAAUUCUCAUCUUAAUUUUAUGAGAAUGGCUUCUUAA